GUUCAAAUCGCCAGGUCCAGCGGCUAAGCCGCGCCGAGCCAGGGGCUUUGCUUGCUUCGGGGCCAGGGCAGACCAAGCUGCCGCUGGCGCAGCGCGGAGGGGCGGUUGACGACGACUUGGAUGAGAUGGCCUCCAACGUGAUGCAGAACAUCGCGUCCGCGUGGUACGGCCGUCACCCGCCGUCGUCCACGGGCGCUCGCAACGCGCGCGGGAUGCGCAUUAGGGGGGAGUGCCUCGACGCGCUGCUGGCUGCCAUCGAGCAGGCCGCGAAGGGCGGGAACUGGCAGAUGGCGCAGCAUUUGGAGUUCAGCACCAACGUGAACGCCAGCCUGGCCGGCCCCGCCCAGGUGAGGGACGCCGCGGAUGCGUUCUCGGCCGACGCCAAGAUGGCUCAGCACCUGGCGGCGACCAAGGCGAACAAG